GCCACACUGCAAGGCUACCCAUCAUCUGGACUUAGGUAUCGCUGUAUGAAGUGUGUGAACCUUCAUCUGUGCCAAACCUGCUUUCUGACAGAGAGACACACAAAAAAACACAAGAGCUCCCACCCAGUGCUGGAGCACUGCACUCAGCCAUCCUGGAAAGAGUCCCUAGCCUCAUUAGCAUACAGCGCCCGCCACGCCUUGUUACCACGGCGAUACACACACAGGGAGGCAGAGAGGAGAAGGGGCCUAAUCGGGGCGGAGUCACGAGGGGAGCCGCAGACGAGCUUCACUACACCUGACCCUUCACCUCAGUCUGCCGCUGAGGACACACCGCCUGAYGACAGAGCCCCUCCCACUAAUCCUCCCCAAUUKCUGGCCACACCCCCAGCUGUUAGGACCAGGAAGGCAUCUAAAGCCCUGCAAACUGAGGAAGAGCWGGAGGAAGCACAGCCACAGAGGAGAGACUCUGUCCUCAUUAAGGACAUCAGGGACCUGCAGAGGGACAAACGGCUGCUGGAGAGGGAGCUGCAGGUGUGGAGGGUAACGGUUCAGUCGGAACAGGGCUCUCUGGAGGACCGCUGCUCUGAGAUGGAGGCCAACAUGGAAACUCUGAGACAACACAACCUCAGACUGCAGGACAUGAUCUCAAAGGCUCUUAGCAUGUCAGGGACACAUGCUGACGUCAUGCCUCAUGCUAAUGUCAUCCCACAUGCUAAAUACAGGCCAGAGAGAGACAUAGCCUGUCCUGUAGAGUCCCAGAGCUCUGCAUCUUCCUCUGGAUCCAGAGAAAGAGAAGAGGAGGAGGAGAGGGAAGAGAAGGCGAGGGAAGAGGAGGAAGAAUGUUGCACAGCAAAGAUGCAGAGGAAUGAGAUGAAGACAGAAGAACAGAGAGGUGAUGAUGAUGAAGAGGAGGAGCAGACUGAGACUGACUCAGUCACAGAGACUCACACUCCCACAAUGCACGGGAGAAUUACCUCUAACCCACAGCCCUGUGAUGGACAGGUCACUGGGCCAAUGAAAGACCAGAGUGUCUCUGAAGAGGAGUAUUCUGUGAUGUGUAGUUUAGUGGAGGAGGAGCGACUGUGUGAGCUGGUUCAACAACUAAUAAGUGAGCUGUCGCUACACACUCACACACAUACAGACUGCAGACGGGAGUUGGAGUUGUUGGAGGCUGCAGAGGAAGUGGGGGAUUCUGUGUGUCAUCUYGUCUAUGCAGUGAACACACAMUCCGUCCCAAACGCACACACUUCAUGCCCCAUCCUCCUACACAACCACAGGCCAGAGCAUGUAUCCAGAAGGCUUCUCUAGACUUUGACGCCUGAUGAUGUGA